GUUAGGUUCGACAAAGGUUGCAGCCUUGUCAACACCCCCCAAAUCCUCCCUUGGUGUGUUGGAGAAUUAUUCUAAAUUUAGUUCUAUUUAUGAAAUUAGAUACUCAAAAAACGGUUAACAACUUAAAUGUUUAGAAUAUUUAAGAAUAGAAAUUUGUAAUAUAUAUAUAGUAAUUCACAUAUUGAGUUAUGAGAUGAUUAACCUGAUCACUAGGGUAAAACGGAAAAUACAAAUGAUUAUAUAAUGAUGCGGUGAUGGAGGGAGAUCUAUUUGGCACAGGGUCAAUUGCUAGGUUGGAGGUUAAAAUCAAGCAGGUCAAUGCUUGGAUGUCAAAGGGUCGAAUGGAGGACAAUAACAAGGGUUGGUCAGGUAGGCAGACCUUGACCGGCGGGAGAUAUGUUUGAGCAAACCAUCCAUUUGACUUAGGAUGACACGUAAGGCAAUUGAUGCUUUGUACACAACAGUAAGACGUCAAGGGAGAGUGGAUAACUUGUCUAAACGGGGGAGAAUAUGUUAUUACACAGUCACCACACAGAAGAACCACCUGAGGUCGUCAGAGUGGAGGUCUCCCGGUCAAGCGGCUACCUCGCAAGGCCAAGCGGCGGGACCUGACCGCGGACGGAGCGGAGUCUCGGCUGAGCGACUACCUCGCUUGACCCAACAACAUGACCACUAUAGAAUCUGUCGACAUCCUUUUGGAAAAUAGUACGCUAACACGAGGCAUGGUCGACAGACGAAUCAUACGACGAAAGCUUCUAAUGCCUUGUCAGGGAUAUCCUGUUAAGGUAUGAUGUCAGAGGUAUUUUCUUGACAAGCUCUUUCGAGUAACACAUUGGAGAGCAUGUCAAUGCCUUGAGAAGCGCACACGUCACCCAUCAGAGAUUUAUAUAAAGGGGGUCCAUUACCGGUGGAAGUACGCGUUGUCUACUUUUUACGUACUAUUGUUAUUAUUGCUCUUCUUAUCUCCAUAUUCCGAUGACUAACUUAAACAUCAGGAGGUCAACAUUGAGGACUCAUUUCCUGAACACUAACAUCAUUUGAUUUGUAAAGUGAAAUGAAGUUCACGUCCUGUUAGUGGAACCGUCAUUUUUAAAUUUUUCAAUUUUAUAUUUUUUGGACAGAAUCAUGUAAGUUUUUUUAAACUCCCCAUGUCUUGGUGAGAGAUUUGAAUUUUUGUUGUCUCAGGAUGUUGUUCCACCACUUAUUAACGUUAUAAUAAUUUAUUUUUAGAUUAGGUAAAGAGAGAUAAAUUAUAAGGCAUAGUUGACGUUUGUAAAGAAAAAAAAAUUCUUUUAUAUCCCUAAUAAAAUUGUUUUUUUUUAAACAAUAUUUUUUAAGCCCAUUAGAGGCGUGGCCCGGCCAAGAUGCAGCCUAAAGCGGUGUGGGACGAGCAAAGAACAAAGUUACUAAUCGCCUCUAUGGAGAUCAGAAUCGGAGUUUGAUUUGACUUCGAUGGAGAUCGAAUCGGAAGACGGCGCUACGAUCCCCAUCGAGCGGGACUCGUCGACGGAGAUCGGAAGACGCCCAGGUCUACUAGGGCUCCGCCGUCCCUCGCCCCCAGACUGCACCGUCUCGCGCCGCCACCUGUCGUUGCGACUCGUCGGAGGCGACUCCGAAGACGGGCCGAGGGUUCUAUUCGAGGUCAUCGGGCGAAAUCCCGUCGUAGUUUGUGGCUGCGGCGGCAGGCCGAGGGUUUACAGGAAGUCAGAGAAGGGCGAGCUCAGAGACGGCGACCGGCUGUCUCUUUCUCUCAAAAAUCUCUCCUUCUGGGUUCUGAGGAGGCGGGGAGCUGCGCCGGGAGCCGUGGACCAGAAGGUCGUCGACGCGGUGGCGAGGAGGGAGAAGAGGACUUCAGAGAGGAAGAAGAAUGAAAGAAAAUCAGUGAUCGAAGCAAUCGGAGCCGAAGAAGAAGAUCUGGAACAUGAGCUUGCUGCAUUGGAUGCCUCCCAAAUCGAUCCUGUCAAAGAGUUUGGGUUUUUGGUGAAAGGCCAUGAGUUCGAUCGUUUCCCAAGGCACAAGAUCCGAUCAGUGAAGGACUGGAAUUGGUUCCUCGACCGCGACGAUGAUGAUGAUGAACAUGAAGGAAUUAGGAGGAAUAGGAGUCUCGGGAAGAAGAAGAAGGGCGAUGAUUGUGAGGAUGAGGAGUGGGCAGAUGUUGAAGAUGUUGUCGAAAUGAGGAAUGCUAUUAGGCCUAUGUACUCUACUAGGUCGAACAGAGCAAAGAAGCCUAAGAAACAUGAACAAGAAGAAGAAGAAGAAGAAGAUGAUGAUGAUCAUGAUGACGAUGAUGAAGAAGAAACUUUAGGUGGUUUCAUUGUCGAUGAUGGUGGUGAUGAUGAAGAAGAUGAAGGGGAAUUGGAGGAGGAAGAAGAGGAAGAAGAAUUCGAUGGCGAGGACGAUGAAGAAGAUGAAUGAUCCUGUAAAAUUGGAUGGUGAAGAAAGCAGAAGAGCUGUACCACUAGGAAAAUCUUGAGUUGUUCUUGUCAUCUCAUUACAUGUUGUGUUCGAGUUUGAAUGAUGUGCUUAUUUUUUUUGAAUUUUGUCUCAACUAAUCUAACUAUAACUCAAAGUUGUAAAACCUGUUUUUGUGAUCCAAAAGGUUUCUUUUC